AUUCUCUCUCCCUCUUUUCUCUCUUGACUUCUUAACCUUUGUCAACUUCACCAGAAUCUUUUCUUUUUGCUCAUAACCUCAUUGUGUCGACAUGGGUUCACUCCACCACGAAGAAGCCGAUUUGGUCACAAAAGUGUGCGAAAUUUACCACAAAAUUUCCAAACUCGAAACUCUCAAACCAUCAACAGAUGUUAACACUCUCUUCACCGAGCUUGUAACCACAUGCAUCCCACCAUCUUCCAUCAACAUAACCACUCUUCCACAAACCAUCCAAGAAACAAGGUCUAAACUCAUUAGACUUUGUGGUGAGGCUGAGGGCCAUUUAGAGGCUCAUUUCUCAACUCUUUUAGCCUCUUACCCUAAUCCUCUUAACCAUCUAGAUGUCUUCCCUUACUACUCCAACUACCUCAAACUUAGCCAACUCGAAUUCGACAUCCUUAUUCAACACUACUCUACUCAUGAUCAACCAGAUGUCGUCGUCCCCAAACGCGUAGCGUUUGUGGGCUCCGGCCCAUUACCUCUCACUUCAAUUGUCUUGGCUUCAUACCAUCUAAAGCAAGCAUCUUUCCACAACUAUGACAUAGACCAUUCGGCUAACACGAUGGCUUCACGCCUCAUUUCGUCCGAUGACGACUUGUCCAAGAGGAUGUUCUUCCACACAAUGGACAUCAUGGAGGUGACUGAUGGUUUGAAAGAGUAUGAUGUUGUUUUCUUGGCUGCACUUGUUGGGAUGGAUAUUGAUGAGAAGGUUAAAGUGAUCAAACAUCUGGCUAAGUACAUGGCACCAGGUGCGGUCUUGAUGCUAAGGAGUGCUCAUGGUGCUCGGGCUUUUCUGUACCCGGUUGUCAACCCAGAAGAUCUUCAAGGGUUUGAGGUUUUGUCAAUCUUCCAUCCCCAAGAUGAGGUUAUUAACUCGGUUGUGAUCGCACGUAAGGAUCCGGUUGCUGUGGAUACCGAUCAUAAUCAUCAUCAUCAGCUUGGGAUUGGAUCGAUUUUGCCUUCGUGUUGCAAGUAUGGUGAUUUUCAAGCUUCUAAUAAUCCACUCAACCAGAUGAAUAUUAUUGAGGAACUGGCAAUGGAGGAGUAGAUCAACUCUAUUUCUAUCUCUAGAAGUAUUGUUAUGAUCAGCAACAAUUAUAUGCAUGCAGUUGUAACUUUUUGAUUUCUGUCGGUUUUCUAAGAACUCAAAAAUUGGAGGAAUAAACAACCUUUGAUUGUGUUUUAAGAAUGGCUUUAAAUUGAGCUUGUUCUCCUUUAAAGCAGCCAUUUUAUUUCAUGGGAUAGAGCAAAUGUUUGUCCUUGUC